AUGGCGCGUACCAAAAAACCCAAAUUAAUAAUAAGAAGCAGUGAUAUUGAAACAGAGACGUCCAAGACAAAACGUUUCAAAAACUCCGGGACCACUUCCAAUAAACGAAGGGAGUCAAAGUUAAAGAAAAAAGAUGUUAUCUUGAAAGAAAUUCUUGAAGACACUAUCCAAGAUAAUGAAGUCUGGUUUAAAGUAAUAUGCGAUGACGUCAAUACCCCAAUACGUUGGGUAAAAGGACUGGAUUUACCUUCAGAGUGUAUCCACAAAAUAGAUGAAUAUUUGGAGAAAAAAAAGAGUAAGAAAAAACGGCCACAUAUCCAUCCAUAUAUGUUACGUUCGGGCAAGCCCACUCCCCCAGAUCCGGAAAGGGUUGAUCGCACAAAACAAUUGAUACUUAACAACCUGCUCUCGUGCGUUGAUGAUGAAGAUAAUGUUUAUAGCAACAAGUCACCUGUGUUAGAGUCCAAGAAUAGCAGCCAAUCAAAAGCAAUUCAUUCAAAACCAAAUGUGUCCAAUUUUGAAGUCGACGACGGUUUACCCAGCUGGAAUGUAGAAGUUAAUGACGACUUUCCUGGUUGGGAAACCAACGAAGAAUUGUUAACAAACAAAAUCAGCUAA